GAUGUAGUGUGUUACACAAUUUUUAUUACAUUAAAACAAAUCAUGCUCUUCUUGUAGUGCAUAAAAAUCCAGAACUAUGGCUCGUCAGACUCAAGUGAUGUUACUUCUGAUUCUCGCUACAGCACCAAAAGCUUUGGCUGAUGUGGUGAAUCCUGAGACAGCGGAUGAUUUUGAUCAGAUCGUGAAAGAAGCCGAAGAAUGUUCCACAUGCUGUCCAAAUGGCUGGGUGAGAUACGAGAGACGUUGCCACAAGUAUCAGGCCACCUAUAUGGACUGGGCUUCUGCUGAGAAACACUGUCUGGAUCUCGACGCGCACUUGGUCUCAAUACAUAGCGAAAAUGAACAUCAGUGGGUUAAGGCUCUUAUCCGUACUCAUGACCCCCGGGAGAAUCCAACAUGGAUCGGUCUCAUUAGCUGUCAGAAGAGAAAUAACUUUUUUUGGUCUGAUGGCACCAAAUUGACUUUCACCAAGUGGAAUCCAAAUGAACCCAAUUUUGAUCGUGGAGAGUGCUGUGUGCAUAUUGACUGGAGUGACAGUAAGAACUGGAACGACAUUCCGUGUCAUUACAGCUAUCCCUUUGUGUGUGCCAAGAUUAUUAACUGAAAUGCUCCCAGCUUCACCUUACCAACUAUAAUACAAAAUUGGAAAGAUUUUCCUUGUCACUAAUGGAUUUACAAAAUAUAUAUAUAUAUAUUACUGUGGCAAAUUACCAUAAAUAAAGCAAGAAAAAAAUUCUUUAAAAAAAAUCUAAUAAAAUGUCUUUCAUUAAUUGGUAA